AUGUCUGUCAGUGUGCUAGGAGACGCGCAACAAGAUUCCCUGAUUACCACCUCUGAAGUCUCCUCCCUUGCCCAAGCAAACCAUAUUUCCAUUCCCCCCUCAGAGCUCGACGACUGGGCUACCCUCCUCGCAGGCCUAAACCACUGCGCGAAGGAAAUCCUCGCCCUCCCAGACUACUACCCCGCGGUCGAUACGUCCUUGUAUCCGCGCACAGACAUCCACCGGCCUUCAGGACCCAAGGAUACGGAUUUUGGUGGCUGGGCUUGGAAAGCCACGGUCAAAGCCACGAGCCCGAAGAGUUCGGAGCUGCAGGGCAAGACGGUGGCAUUGAAGGAUAAUGUUGCGCUUGCUGGCGUACAGUGUACGAAUGGGACGGCGGCGGUGGAUUGGGUGCCGCUGGUUGAUGCUACCAUUGUAACGAGGAUACUAGAUGCAGGAGGUGUGGUGAAGGGGAAAUCUGCGUGUGAGAAUAAUUGUUUUGGGGCUGUGAGGUAUGUUCCCUCUUUUGCUGAUGAGGCGAGAAAGAAGCUGAUGCUUGCUAGUGAUACAUCAGUCACCGGGCCAGUGCAUAAUCCUUAUGCCCAUGGUUACAGUACUGGCGGAUCAUCGUCCGGGUCAGGUCGCCUUGUAGCUUCAGGACAAGUCGACCUCGCAAUCGGGGCUGACCAAGGAGGGUCCAUCCGUCUCCCCUCAGCGAAUUGCGGUCUUGUCGGCUUGAAACCGACUUGGGGACUCGUUCCCUACACCGGAUGCAUCUCACUCGAAGCAACGAUUGACCACGUAGGACCCAUGGCAAAGACGGUGCAAGACUGCGCUACGCUCCUCGAGGUCAUCGCAGGCACAGACGGGAUCGAUGAUCGUCAGCCUUACAACUGGCCUCAAGGGCAUGUCAAGUUCGGGUCUGGAGUCCGGGAGCAUCUUCAAUCUACUGCAGCGUCCUCAAAACCACUGCAAGGUAUCAAAGUAGGUGUCUUGAAAGAAGGCUUCGAAGAUCCAAUGACAGACCCCAACGUCGCAGCUGCAUCCAAAGCCGCAAUCGCAAAGCUGGGAGAGCUAGGAGCUGAGAUAAUCGAGAUUUCCAUCCCACUCCAUCGCGACAGCGGCAUGAUCUGGAUGGUUGCCCUGCCCAUGGCCGGCACAACCCAAGGUCUACUCGCCAACCCCUCUGGUCGGAAACAACUCCUGUUCCCGGACCGCGCGACGGCAGUCGGUGCGCAGCUCAGCCAAGCGGCUUUCGAUGCCCUGGGGCCCGGGGGACAGAACAUCUAUCUACGUGGCCUCUUCCUGCAACAGCGCUUCGGGAGCCCUUUGCAAGCGCGCUGUACGAAUCUCCUGCGCAAACUGUCCGACUCGUAUGAUGCUGCACUGAGAGACGUGGACGUCUUGGUUAUGCCGACCAUCAUCAUGCCCCCGGUGCCGAUUUGCGAGCAAGGCGGACGCACCCUGGGCGUGUUGAAGAUGUUGAGUCGCACGAUUGGCGCGACGUAUAACACUGCUACGUUUAACAGCAGUGGACAUCCCGGCUUAAGUCUACCGGUUGGCUUCGUGCCUGCGCAGGCGGACAGCGAGGUCUGGUUACCGACUGGGUUGCAGAUUGUAGGGAGGAAGUUUGAGGAUUUGCUGGUUUUGAAGGCCGCUGCGUCUUGGGAGCAGAGGAAUGAUUGGAAGGGAUUGAAAUAUGGUGAUGGUGCUGGCACUGGUGCUGGUACUGGUACUGGUUCUAAGUAA